GUGUGUGUGUGUGUGUGUGUGUGCAGGAAGACGAGGCGGCAGCAGGAGGAAGCACCAAGGACGUCCCUUUUUUUCCUUCCAGCCCCGGGAGCAAAGGCAGUCGGAGAUGCGAGGGACGAGCACUUAGAUCAUCCUUCUCCUCCUCUUCCUCUUCCUCUUCUUCCUCCUCUGCUGCUGCUGCUGCAGGAGAACUUGUCUGCUGGAGGAUCCACAGCUGCUGCAGCUGAAGCCCGCUUCCCUCUGAUCCCGGUUCCGUGUGUGUGUCACUGUGUGUGUGUGUGUGUGUGUGUUAGUGAGAGUGGGAUUUGCGCGCGUGUGUCUCUCACACACACAAACACAAGACGGAGAUUUGGCAACAAAAGGACUCCCAGCACUUUUCCCUGUAACCAGUGAAUGUGACAUUGCUCGGCUCAGGAAGGCAGGGAAUUAAAAGCCAUCGGCGUCAUGAAUUUCGUAAUGAAACAAGCGUUGGGAGGAGCCACCAAAGACAUGGGCAAGAUGCUCGGUGGGGAGGAGGAGAAAGAUCCCGACGCCCAGAAAAAAGAGGAAGAACGGCAAGAGGCGCUGAGGCAACAGGAGGAGGAGAGGAAAGCUAAAUAUGCAAAAAUGGAGGCGGAGAGAGAAAAUAUCCGACAGGGCAUCAGAGAUAAGUACGGCAUCAAGAAGAAGGAGGAGAAGGAAGCCGAGGCAGCGGCGGCCAUGGAGCAGGCGUCCGAGGGCAGCCUCACCCGCCCCAAGAAGGCGGUGCCGACCGGCUGCGGUGACGAGGAGGAGGAGGAGAGCAUCGUGGACACGGUCAUGAAGUUCAUCCCGGCUCCGCUCAUGGAUAUGUUCAAUAAAAAGUAACGGUGUUUUUCUGGGGUUUUAUUUUUAUUUUUUUUUCUUCUUACAUCCAACCAAUGCUGUACUGCCCCGCCCACCCCAAACCUGCAGUCAUCCCUUUGGCCACGCCCCCCUUCUGUGUCCUGGAAUUGCGCAAAUGUGUGUCAUGACUUUGCCCUUAAGCUAAAACCUCCCGUAACCGAGUUAUUAAAUCUUCUUAUUUAUUUUAUUUUCUAACACCUGCACAAUAUCAGUUCACCUCAUCCACCAUCGUUUUUGUUUUGUAAAUAGACUCGCGUUAUAACAACAAAAUAUAUAUAUAUAUGAGUGAAAUAUGACAUAUAUAACAAGAGUAUAAGCCAUAUUUUUAACUUUGAAGAAAUUUAUCCAAACCAUAUCAAAAUUAUUCUUUCUUCCUGUCGUGUUUUCUUGCUAAAUAUUUGAUACAUACGAUGUAUAUACAUAUAAUAAUAAUUCUCCGUUGUGAGGAUUCACCCCAUUGUAUGUUGUUUUCCACUGGUUUACUGUGAACGUUUGAGUCCAAACAAGGGAUUUAUGACACAUUUAUGUUUCGUUGAGCAUGCAGUUAACUGGUGAAGUGAAGUACACGCGUGGAAACCUUUAUUUGUUAUGACGAAGCGAAAAUACACUGAUAUUUGAGGCAAUAAUGUGUUUUUUUUUGUCCAUUAUUAUUAUUAUUAUUAUUAUUAUUAUUAUUAUUAUUGUUAUUAUUAUUAUUGUUGUUAUUAUGAUUUUCUACAGCUGGUGAAAACUUACUGUGUCUCUAUUGUUCUUCCACGGGGGAGGAAAACUAGAAAUGUUCUCCGUAACCUAGAGUUUGUCUCAAACGUCGUUUCAUUAUUAAAUAUCUUACUCAAUUAAAUGAAAUGUUUUGUGCUUUUAAAGAUUCCGUGGUGUGUGUGUCCUGUGGCAGGUGCUUUCGCUAUAGGAUGCAUUUUUAUUUGCAUUAUUUUGUAUAAGACAAAAAGAAAACUUCACAAACACAACGGUGUGUGAACAGACAGUGACAAUAGUGCAAUAUAAUUAUUGUUGUUGGGGGGUGGGGAAUGAAGUUUUGUCCUGUGGGAGCGAAUCAGCAAUAACAGACAAUCUUCAUUGUUUGCGUGUGUGUGUGUGUUUUAAACGUUAACAUGUUUUAGCCUCUGCGUUAGUGGCCGUGAAGUGUGCGACAUAUUUGAUGAUUAACACAAGAGGAACGGGGGGAAAUGUUUUGUAUUUGUUGUUUUUGUGUCCGUUUAAUUUAAACCAAACUGCAGGUUUUCAUAGCUCCAAGCUGAGGGUCGUUUUUUCUCCAUAGACCCCAAACCCCUAACCCAUAGACCUUGGUCUUUUAUUAUUUUAUAUAUAAAAAAAUUAUAAUAACAUUCCUAAUAUUUCAGACAUUCCACCAGACUUGUGCUGGUAACGCACAAACUGAAAAAGGCCCUUUUAGCCGGAGUUAAACAAACACAAAUUUAAUAUUUCCAUCGUUUAAACUGAUUUAUUUAUUUAUUUUUUUAAGUUUGGAUUAAAAAACUACUCUUCGUCUCGUGCUGCCAUGCACAAAAACACAAACUCCCACCUGGAAUCCGUAUGAGGAAUAAGCUAAAUGUGCUUUUAUAGUGUUUUUUGUGAGAAAAAUGUCUUUGUGAGCCGCAUUCGCACAGUAGUUUUUCUUCGGGGAGGUUUUUUUCUAAAUGUUUCUCGCCACAUUGUCGCUGUAUUUUUCUCAAAGCUGGAAAUCGAUGCUUUUAGCCGGCGCUUUGUGACCUCGCUUUAUCUAUACAUGUUGUAUUCUAUUCUAUUAUUAGAGAAUAAACAUCCGUGGACGUGUUUGUGGUCAAACUUCCCUGUGAAUUCUGUGUCUGCAGAUCAUUCCACACAAACAAACACUCGGAGCGUUAUUAAUAUUAUUAUUUAUUAUCCAAUCAAACCAAAGAAUAGUGCUGGUAGACGUAGACGUGUAGAGUAGACGGGUUUUUUUUUUCUCAGUUACUAUUCUCUUAUUUAUGUUGAAGUUCUCAGGUAACCUAUAGCUCUACGUUUUAAUUAGACAUUUGAACCAUUUAAAGAUUGUUUUUCUUUCCAAGAAUUAUGACCAGAAAGCUACAAUUACUGCCCCCAGUGCGGGACGUUUCCCAGCGAGUCUCUUCCCCCGAAACCAUCACUUGUUCACCCUACAUUUAAUAUUCAUCACCAGCUGAUUGCACUCCAAACAGCUUCUGAAAAAGAAAAACCACUGCCCGACAAAACUGCCCGAGUCACGCGUACUCGCUUUGAAGUCACGCUCACACAUGCAGUCAUUAUUAUUAUAAUUAUUCUUGUUCUUAUUAACGUGAUUUCAAAAGAAAAGAAAAAACUGCCUGAAAAAUGAUGCCACUAUACUCCUUUCGAUGUGACUUGAAUGUACUUGUGUGUCUGAUGUUUAUCUAUCCCUCGCAUCCUGUCCUACUUGUUGUCGAGAAGAUGCUUAAGCUCCUCCUCCUCCUCUUCCUCCUAUCUGUAGUCGGUCCUGUUUUCUGUCCUGCUGUGGUUUUGGUAUUUUGUAUAAAAAAGAAAUGUGCAUUAUUUUCUACUGUGGAAUCUUCUCCCUCCUCUCUCCUCCUCUUCUUCGUUGACAAAAGUGUAUGCAUGCUUACAGUGUGGUGUGCGACGUAGGCAAAGGUUGUUGAUAUACUCGUUAUCCGUGUCCUGUGUGUGUGUGUGUGUGUGUGUGUGUGUUUGUUUUCGGAGCUCCACCUGUUAUAGCCUCACUGCAUGACCUUUUAGACAGAGAUUUCAGUCUGUAACUUUCCUGCCAAAAGAGGAAAAAAAAAAAGAAAAGAAUGGAAUCACCGCACACUGAGAAUAAAGUGAUUUCAUAGA